CUAAUCUUUAUGAUAAAGAAGAAGAUAUUAACUUGGAUCAGAUUAUACUAGAUGUGAAUUUGGAAAGAUCAAAUAUAGAUGAUGAUAUUGAUAAUGAAAAAAAAGUGGAAAAUCUACAAGAAGAAAAUAAUGAAUUAGAUAAAUAG